AUGGCGGGCAAUGCGAACCCUGGUAUUUUUGAACCCGUCCAGCAGAAUGAAGAGGCGACGGUCAUAGGUGCCAAGAUGAUGGAUGCAGUGGAUAUCCAGGAGGUGAAGGAGGCGACACCGGACGAGGUCGCCUCACCGGUCGACCAGACCGACUUGCCACUGCGAACUGUGGCUCUCAGCGUGCUUUUCUAUGCAGCUUGCUGGUCAACCUUGUUACUCAUCAACAAGGUGGCCAUGCACUUCGUGCCCGAUGCCUCCUUCAUCCUCUUCUGUCAGUUUCUGAGCUCCUCCCUCACUGUGCGGGUGAUCAAGUGCACCACGCCAGAUGCGGACAUCGAGCUACUCCGCUUCGACAAAGUACGGAUCUUUUUUGUGGCGUGCCUCAUUUUCUUCUUGUGUUUUCUCGCCAAUACGGCGGCCAUGAAGUCUGUGAAUGAAGAGACCAUGAUAGUCGCACGCUCCUGUGCUCCAAUUGCCGUUUGCAUUUUGGAGCACUUUGCCUUAGGGCGAAGCUUACCAUCUUUUCAAGGCACCAUGGCCCUCUUAGCGAUCCCCGGCGGAGCGGUGCUCUAUGUCGUCUCCGGUGAAGGCUUCAAGAUUGAAGGCGGUACGUGGCUUCUGGCCUACUUUGCCUUCAUAGUCACCGAGAUUGUUUUUGUGAAGUUCGUGCUUGACACUGUGCCCGUGUCCACAUGGACAUGCGUCUACUAUUACAACACAUUGCAGCUCGGCACACCAAGUGGCUCCAGGCAAGAACUAUAG